AACCCUUCGUCUCGCGACCCACAGACAAGAGGCAUGCGGUUGCCAAGCUACGGCGUUUUCGCAUACUAACGUGCUAAAUAGUAUUUGAAAAUAGUGCGGUCGCCUAUUGAUGACGUACUACAUAGUGCUGCAGUACGCAGUGUUUAAGUGUUUAAAGUCCGGGGAAGUUUAAUAGCGGCGUCGCGUGGCUGUGGGAAAACAACUUUGGCUGGGAAAUAAUAAGACUUUCAUUUUGUUUUGCAAUUGAAACACGUUUUUUUUAGGUGAAAUGUAAACUUUUUUUUCGACAUUCGUCACAGUAUUCUGCACCUUUGGUUAUUUGUGUACGUUGUCGAUAUUGAAUGCUAUGGCGGUUGAAAGUGGAGCUGCCGAGUUGAUUAAAGAUCGCUUAUACUUUGCAACUCUCCGAGGAAAACCGAAAAGUACAGCUAACGCACACUACUUCUGCACGGACGACGAGCUUGUCUAUGAAAACUUCUAUGCGGACUUCGGCCCUCUGAACCUGGCCAUGUUGUAUCGAUACUGCUGUAAGCUGAACAAAAAGCUCAAGUCUUUCACUCUUUCCCGGAAACGCAUCAUUCAUUACACCAGCUACGACCAGCACAAGAGAGCCAACGCCGCCUUCCUGAUCGGCGCCUACGCUGUAAUAUACUUAAAGAGAACUCCAGAGGAAGUCUACCGAGCCCUGAUAUCUGGCACUAAUGUGUCCUACCUGCCCUUCAGAGACGCUGCUUUCGGGAGCUGCACCUACAACCUCACCAUCUUAGAUUGUUUACAAGGAAUCCGUAAGGCUUUGCAGCACGGAUUCUUUGACUUCGAGACGUUUGACGUCGAGGAAUACGAGCACUAUGAGCACGUAGAAAACGGCGACUUUAACUGGAUUGUGCCAGGGAAGCUGCUGGCCUUCAGCGGGCCGCAUCCCAAGAGCAAAAUCGACAAUGGAUUCCCUCUCCACGCCCCGGAAGCGUACUUCCCCUACUUCCGCCAGCACAACGUCAGCGACGUGGUCCGGCUCAACAGGAAGAUGUACGAGGGAAGCCGCUUUACAGACGCCGGCUUUGCGCAUCACGACCUGUUCUUCGUGGACGGCGGCACGCCGAGCGACAUCAUCAUCCGGCGUUUCCUGCACAUAUGCGAAACGUCCGAGGGCGCCGUCGCGGUCCACUGUAAAGCUGGCCUUGGCAGGACCGGCACCCUGAUCGGCUGCUACCUCAUGAAGCAUUACUGCUUCACUGCUGCAGAGGCCAUCGCAUGGAUUCGCAUCUGCAGGCCCGGCUCGGUCAUCGGCCCCCAGCAGAACUUUCUGGAAGAAAAACAGCACAGCAUGUGGAUGGACGGGGAUCUGUACCGCGCCAAGCAGCCGAGGCCGCGGCCGUACCCUGAGCGAGACCUGACUCACCUCAUCACCAGCCUGGACGACGUUUCUCUCAGCAGCAGCAGCCUGAACGCCACAAGCGUCGACGAGAUUGACCUCAUGGACAAUAACGUGGGCUUAACUCAGGGAGACAGACUGCGAGCGCUGAAGCUUCGCCGUUCUCUCAGGUCUCCCUCCGCUCUCGGUUUGCGUCCGAUACCCGGCACCAUUCCUCCCUCGAAGUCUUCUAAAGCUGCUCCUCCGUUUUCCGGCAGCCCUGUAACCAGGAGACUGGCUCGAAUGCCGUCGUCCACCGGAAACAUGAAGAGCUUUACACCUGGCUUGGCUCGCUCCCUCGGCAACCUUUACAGCCUGGACCACUUCGUAGACGACGACGACGAAGACGACGACACAUCCGCACCCUCCUACCCUUCCCUCCCUCCUUCACUCCUCCCCUCCAGCCCUCCUCCACAACGCUUCGGUUUUGGAUACCCCGUCCCGAGUUUCCAACAGGAAGUUAAUAACAACCUCAACAACACUCCUGCUCCCGUACACAGGCCUGCCAUGAGAGGAAACUUCAGACCUUCAAACCCCAGAGGUCCCGCCCCGGUCGUGCUCACAGGCCGCCAUCUUAGUCGCUCUAUCCCUUCCCUUCAGUCUGAGUACGUUAAGUACUAAGGUCAAGGCGACGUGACGCACCGAUUCUCCGGCUCUGCGAACCGACUCACGGAGCGUCAGGAUCAGCAGGCGAGACGCGACGGCAGACUAAUAAACCGUGGCUUCACCGUUUAACCGUUCCUUCUCAUUUCCAGGCUUUAGAACACAUAUAAUAUCUCUCAUAUUUAACGUUUUGUCACGCUCGAGCAGGAAUGUUGUUGUUCUGACCGGAAGCUCUUGAGUUUUACUCACACAGACCUCUUCCUCGGGGCAGAAAGCAGGAGACAAGCAGGAAUUUUAAUCUUGAAAUAUCAAACAAACGUCUCGCUGCUGUGUAGUGUUCAAACCAAUUAAAUGAUCAUGUGACCUUCCUAGGUAUAUAGACUAAAUCAAUAAGGAGCUUGUACAAAAUGUGUGUGUGUGUGUGUGUGUGUGUGCACGCACGAGUGCAUCACAGCUGACUGAGACAUUUUGUAAAGACAUUCUGAUUUGUACAACACAUUUUUGUACAGACAUUUCACUCUUGUAUCGACUGAUAUAAACCCAUUGGAAUUAAACGUGAAUGUGAUUUAA